GAGAUAUGAAAUGCCUUCGAUUUUUCUCACUAUUGCAGUACAGUCACCACUGUGCCAAGUUCUUUGAGGGGACUUCAGUCGAGCCAAAGCCGUCAUGUGGAGACGCAAGGCUGAAAGAAAAGCAUCUUGAACCUAUCAUUACCUCUUGGCGUGUGACCGUUUCCUGUAGCUCAAGCUGCACGCCAGAGCAGAAAAGAUGGUCCUUGUCCCACACACCAGCUGAAGGCUCAGCCCAGCCCAGCCCAGCCCAUACCACAACAAUGUCUUCCGCCCUCGAAAUCCUGCUUCCUCCCGAAUGGCAGUCAUGGCUAGAAAACGAGUGCCGGUCGCCAUUCUCGCCAUCUUGAAAACAGUCACUGCAAUCCAUUGCUUUCUUUCCGAUGGCACCGCCGAUGUGGACCAGCAACCAUGUCCUGGCGUUGACGAAAACUCGCCAGGUUCGUGUUGCUACAGCACAUCGUGGCCGAAUGUGGAUACGUGUAUGACGAACGGACUUUGUCUGAGCAGUGUUGGAGGCUACUUUUACACGGGAGCCUGUACGGACAAAAACUGGUCGAGCGAGUAUUGCGGUCUGCAGAAGAUAUGUAGUGACUGUAAGUACGGAAUUGGAAGUUCUGACGGUCGCGACUCGCCCUGCUGACAAGGGCAAUAGAUUAUGGCGGGAAUUAUGCAGUCGUGACCGCGUGCUAUAUCCCUCACAAGACGCGUGGAUCGAUGUGCU